CAUGGUCUUUCUUUAUAUAAUAUAUUGUUAUAUCAUCAAUGUACGUGUGUCUCUGUUCCAGCAUCAUCAAUCUAUAAAUUUGUUUCUCCUUCAUAUCAGCUCAACCAUCAAACUAGCUAAGAUGUGUACUCAUCACUUGAAUCCAUUGGCAAUCUUGUCAUCCUUUUGCUUCCACAUUGUUGCUCUUCUCAUGUGCAUGAUCUUGAUCACCUCUACAACAGUUACUGCGAGUGAGAUCGACCGAGUAGCGUUGCUUGAAUUCAAGGCCAAAAUAGAAGACGACCCAUCAGGAGUUUUUAACUCCUGGAAUGAUACCACCCAUUUCUGCCAGUGGCAUGGUGUUACGUGUGGUAGAAGGCACCAAAGAGUAACGGCACUGGAGCUAAUUUCCUUGAAGCUUUCUGGCUCUAUAUCGCCACAUAUUGGCAACUUGAGCUUCUUAAGAGACUUGCGUCUCUACGACAACAAUUUCAUCGGCGAGAUCCCUCCACAGAUUGCUUCCUUGCGCAGGCUGGAAAGAUUAGACCUAGCCAAUAAUUCACUUGGUGGUGAAUUCCCUCCAAAUAUUUCUUCUUGCUCCAACCUUAUUCUCAUUCAAUGCAGCAACAACAAUCUGGGAGGAGUGCUUCCUGUGGAGAUCAGCUCCUUGCUCAAGCUCCAAAGACUUUCUCUAUCAAACAACCAUUUUACAGGAACUAUCCCUCCAUCUUUCGGAAAUAUGUCUUCCCUUGAUGCACUCAUUCUCUAUCAAAAUAAUCUGUCAGGGAAUAUUCCAUCCACACUAGGUCAACUGAGGAACCUCACAAUAUUUGCACUCUCUCAGAAUAGAUUUUCAGGUUUGAUCCCAAAUUCAAUUUUCAAUCUUUCUUUAGUUAGAGUUUUAGAUAUAGGAUCUAAUUACCAGAUCCAAGGCACUCUUCCACCCGACUUGGGCAUUUCUCUUCCAAAUCUGUACUUCUUCUCCAUCUCCAGAAACCAGUUCACUGGAACCAUUCCCAAUUCAAUAUCCAACGCCUCAAACUUGGAAGUGCUUCAGCUAGAUGAAAAUCAGUUUUCUGGGAGAGUGCCUUCCCUAGAAAAGAUUCAAAGGCUUCGUUGGAUAACUGUGUUUACCAACAAUCUUGGGAGUGGGAAAGAUGAUGAUUUGACCUUUCUCUCAUCUUUGGUCAAUACUACCACUCUAGAAGCCAUACAAAUAGGUGUCAACAACUUUGGAGGGCAGUUGCCUGAACAAAUCAGCAACUUCUCAAGAAAGCUCUGGCACUUGUCUUUUGAUCAAAAUCAAAUAGUUGGAAGCCUUCCAAUUGGGAUAGAGAAUCUCAUCAACUUGAACAGUUUUCAAGCAUCCGACAACAAACUCUCAGGCAGCAUUCCUUCCAGCAUUGCAAGGCUUCAAAACCUUAACAUGUUGUAUCUUUUUGGCAACCGUUUUUCAGGCUCCAUUCCUUCCUCAAUUGGAAAUCUGACCAGGUUACUCUCACUUCGUUUGAGAGGAAAUAAUCUUCAUGGCAGCAUUCCUUCCAGUCUAGCAAAAUGCCAAAAUUUGCUAGAAUUGGAUCUUUCUCUCAACAAUUUCAGUGGAGCCAUACCCGCAGAAAUCAUGGAUCUUUCCACCUUAUCGAUUGUUCUUGAUUUGUCAUAUAAUCGUCUAAGCGGUUUUCUUCCCCAACAAGUACAAAACUUGAGGAAUUUGGGUUAUUUGGAUGUUUCCAAUAACAUGCUGUCUGGUGAGAUUCCUAAUAGCCUUGGAAAUUGUAUACGCUUGGAAAAUCUGUACAUGGAAAGCAAUUUUUUUCAAGGGAAUAUUCCUUCAUCUUUGAGUUCAUUGAAGGGACUUCAAGGGUUAGAUCUAUCUCGCAACAAUUUCUCAGGACAGAUUCCGGAGUUCUUGGGCAGGGUCCAGAUGCUGCAAGUUCUGAAUUUGUCCUAUAACAACUUCGAGGGUAUGGUACCCACUGAAGGAAUUUUCAAGAACGCAACUGCAACUUUAGUUAUGGGAAAUCGCGGGCUUUGUGGCGGCAUUGCUGAAUUGCAGUUGCCCAAAUGCAGUUUUGACAAGCCGAAGAAGAGAAUAAAUCUGAGAACGAAGAUGGUAAUCUCCAUAAUUUCUCUGCUUCUAGGGAUAACGACUGUGCUCACAUGUUUAUCUUUUUGGUGGUUAAGAAAGAGAAAAGGAAAAUGUACAUCAGAAGAAUCAGGGAACAUGCUAUUGGAGGUGUCUUAUCACAGUAUCCUAAGAGCUACUAAUGAAUUCUCCUCAGCAAAUUUGAUUGGCACCGGUAGCUUUGGUUCUGUAUACAAAGGGAUUCUCGAUGGACAAGGAACGGUAGUUGCUAUUAAGGUGCUCAAUCUUAUGCGUCAGGGAGCUUCUAGGAGUUUCAUAGCUGAGUGUGAAGCCUUGAGAAACGUUAGACAUCGAAACCUUGUCAAAAUAUUGACAGUGUGUUCAAGCAUUGAUUUUCAGGGCAAUGACUUUAAGGCUUUGGUUUAUGAGUAUAUGGUUAAUGGGAGCUUGGAGGAAUGGUUACAUCCUUCUCCGAUGUUGGAUGAACAGCCAAAAUGUCUAAAUCUUCUCCAGAGACUAAGUAUAGCCAUUGAUGUUGCUUGCGCAUUGGAAUACCUUCAUCACUUUUGCCAAAUACCGAUAGUUCACUGUGAUCUCAAACCGAGUAAUGUUCUUCUUGAUGAUAAAAUGACAGCACAUGUUGGUGAUUUUGGAUUAGCAAAGCUCAUUUCUGAAAGCAACUUUCAAUCUCCUAUGAAUCAAACAAAUUCAAUCGGAGUAAGAGGGACUAUUGGCUACAUUCCUCCAGAAUAUGGUGUGGGAAGUGAAGUGUCUACAUAUGGUGAUACAUACAGUUAUGGUAUACUUUUGCUAGAGAUAUUUACUGGAAAGAAGCCCACAGAUGACAUUUUUGGAGAAGGUUUGAAUCUUAUCGACUUUGUUAAGAGAGCUUUACAUGAAGACUCGAUGCAAAUCGUGGAUCCUAAUCUUCUUGAUGACAAAAAGAAUAACAAUAGUAUUUCUAAUGAGUGCUUAAUUUCAAUAUUUGAUAUUGGAAUUUCUUGUUCUGCUGAACUGCCUCAUGAGCGUAUGAAUGUCAGGGAUGUUGUUGCUCGGCUCAGCACUAUCAGAAUCAAACUUCAAGGAGUUUGA